AUGACCUCCCGAUUCAAGUCUUUUGGCUUUACCCAUCGACGCGAGAAGAAGACCACUUCGUCUUCACCUAACCCCAACCUCGUCCACCCUUCUAACGGUACCACCUCGCCCACCUCGCCGCCGCAAUCCCAGCGCAGCUCGUCCACGACCAGCUUGCCGCAACCUCCCCAGCCACAGCGACAACCACCCACUAUCCCUGCCGUCCGCCCAACGAGUCCGAUGGUCCAACAGCUCGCCCAACACCCCGCGCCACUCAACAUGCAACAAUACGGCCAACCUCAACAACCCAUGAAUCCUCCGCCCGGGUAUACCAUGCAGCCCCAGGCGCCCAUCGGUCAUCCUAUCCAGAACAUGGGUCAAACCCAAUACCGCAACCCCGCCGUCGAGAUCGAGGGCAAUCGCAACAAUAACAAAGCCCAGCUCAUCGUAGGCAUUGAUUUUGGGACCACCUUCUCCGGCGUCGCGUUCGCCUUUGCAACCAACAAUGAGGCUCGGGAGGAUAUCAUCACAGAAUGGCCCGGCGCCGGAACCCAUACCAAACAAAAGAUCCCAACUGUACUCUAUUAUGAUCAAUAUCAGAAGGUGGUGGGCUGGGGCCCCGACAUUGCCGAUGCAUUGGCACCCACAGGAUACCCGAAACCGGGCGUACAGAAGGUGGAAUGGUUCAAACUGCAAUUAAUGUUGUCCGGCAACACCUAUAUCGACCCAAUCAACCUGCCUCCGCUCCCGCCAGGCAAGUCCGAGAUCGAUGUGGCGGCCGACUACCUCUUUAAAUUGCGCCAGGCGAUGCGGGCGCAGCUGCAAAAGACCCUAGGUGAAGUGUUCACGCGUGAGGAGCGGAAUAUCCGCUACUAUCUGACCGUUCCCGCCAUUUGGAAUGACGCGGGUAAGGCCGCAACUCGUGCGGCUGCGAUCCAGGCUGGUUUCCUGCGUGACGAGAACGACAACCGGUUGACGCUGGUCUCCGAACCCGAAGCCGCGGCCUUGUUCUGUGCCAAGACCGGUCUGCUCAACCUGAAGAUUGGAGACGCCAUCUUGAUUGUCGACUGUGGUGGUGGUACGGUCGAUCUGAUCGCAUAUGAAGUGGAGGAGGAACAGCCGUUCAGCGUGAUGGAAUGUACCGCUGGAUCUGGAGACUCGUGUGGUUCGACUGCCCUUAACCGAAACUUCAGCAAUAUUCUACGGGCGAAGAUUAGGAAGAUGAAGCUUCCAGACGGAUCCCGGACGGCAGGCAAGGUCUACGCCAAAUGUAUUAUGGAUUUCGAGAACCGUAUUAAAGCGGAUUUCCGCAACAACGGGCAAAAAUGGGCCGUGGAUGUGGGCAUUGAGGCUGAUUUCCCGGAUGCGGGAAUUGAGGAGGGUUAUAUGACUUUCACCAAUGAAGAAAUUCUGCAAUGCUUUGAGCCCGUGGUGAACCGCAUUCUGGAGUUGGUCCGGAACCAGAUCAUUGCCAUUCAGGCCCAAAACCGCUUGCUCCAGAAUGUUCUCGUCGUCGGUGGUUUCGGUGCCUCCGAGUACCUCUUCCAACAGAUCAAACUCCACGUACCGCCUCAAUAUCAGACCAAGGUUGUCCGCCCCAUGGACUCUGUGGCUGCUAUCGUCAAGGGUGCAGUGACCGCGGGUAUCACCGAACGAGUCAUCACGCACCGUGUCGCUCGUCGUCACUAUCUCAUGGCCACCCUUCAGCCAUUCAAGGAGGGAUACCACCCCGAGCAGUACCGGGUUCCCAGUCUGGAUGGUCGUGAUCGCUGCAAGUACACCCGCCAGAUUUUCGUCCAGAAGGGCGAGCGUGUCAAAAUCGGCGAGCCGGUCAAGGUCAGCUUCUUCCGUCAGGUGGCACCCGGUGCGACGCUCAUGUACGAGGACGUGCUGUAUGCUUGCGACGAGGAUGUCUGCCCCGAGUAUACCAAAGAUCCCCGUAUCAAGGAAGUCGUCACGCUUACCUCCGAUCUCUCCCGGAAGAAUCUCGAGACGGACUUCGAGCGUAUGGAUACCCCACAAGGCAUCUUCUACCGGGUGUACUUUGACAUCUACCUCACUCUGGAUGGCAGUGAGUUCAGCGCUGAGCUGGUCUGCCAGAACGAGAUCAUGGGCCGUUGCCGGGCUAAGUUCCGGUAG